AGCGCACGCAAGCCAGUUAGACCGCUAUAGCACUGACAUCGGCAACGAUGCGCCCUCGCGCUCUGUGCCUCUCCGUUGGGAUCCUGUGGUGCUUAUCUCGGGCCGUGUCUGAAUACUCAUCCAAGGCCGACCUGGAGUAUGAAUUCGGCGACUACCGUGGCAAGUGGUGUAUCGAUGACCAUGGCUUCGUGUAUGGCAUCGGUGAGGUCUAUUACCCGAGCCCCACCGCGUGUCCCUGCACCUGCACCGAGGACGGUCCUCUUUGUAUCAGACCGAAAUGCCCGCGCAUCCACCCACGUUGCACGCGCAUUAAGUACAAGUCCUGCUGCCCCGUUUGCGAAGCUGUCAGCAAGGUCUGCCUUUAUGGGGGGAAAACAUACAGACCUCUGGAGGAGUUUAAGUUAUCUCCCUGUGAGAAGUGUCGCUGUGAGCCUAACAGAGAGGUGUACUGUACCAUUUCUGGAUGUCCUGCUCUGCACUGUGUAGACCCCACAUUUGAGCCCAACCACUGCUGUCCAAUAUGCAAGAAUGGCCCCAACUGCUUUGCGGGGAACCAAGUGAUCCCAGCGGGGGAGCGUGUAGACGUGGAUGAGAGGACGGUGUGCUUCUGCACCUACCGGGACGGGACGUGGCAGACGCACCCCCACGCUACCUGCGAAACCCGCCAGCGAGACGACAACGACAACGAGCUGGGCGGAACAGAGGCUUCCACCACACAGAUGGAGGAGAGCGAAAAGGACAGUGAGAUCGAAAUCGAGUGGGAAACGGAAAGGGAGAGGGACCACGAGAAAAAAAGACAGUUCUCACCAAGGCUGGACUUUAUUCCAUGAGGGUGGGCAGGGGGUUGUUAUGAUUUCUGGCUCUGUUGGUCUGGUCAGAGGGAGGGGGGCCAGGUACGCUACGUGCCCAGGGUAAAAGCAUGCUGUGUGAGCACGGCUGCCAGGACUGACCUCUGCCAUGCUCCACUCCCCUUUCCGGACCCACAUAUGUUGACAAAACACAUUAGAUCCAUUAAACAGACUGUUUCCAUCUGUAGUACACUAAAUGUGACACGUUAUAGUGUUGGAGGUCCAACUAACGCCAGCAUGUGCGCGCACACACACACACACACACAGACACACACACACAGACACACACACACACACACAUACACGCAAUGUUUAAUGCCUGUUUAUCUUGUAAAUAUAUGACUGCAGUAAAACAGACACAGGUAGAGUACACACAAAAGAAAACAUGGACACCAGUCCUCUUGUAAACUGUAUAAUAGUUAUAUCGAUAAAGGGCUUAUCAACAUUUCAAGUAAACAUGCAUAGAGGUGGUGUAUUGUAAUUUGUGUCUGUAUUAUAAAGUGGAGGUCACGGUUUCUUAAGACUUUCAUUCAGGCCUUUCUCACCUGAUAGUCAUCAUUCAUUGCUUUAAUGCUUAAAAUCUGUAAAUACUUUGUCAUAAACAGGUUAUCGAAUGCAGAAUUGUUUUCUUGAUAAUACACAAAGAUAGAAAUUAACACAAUAGUAACCAUAUUUCAAUUCUGUGUUUGAUAUUGAUAUAUGUAAAUAAUAUGUGUGUGUGUCGGAUUGUUUACUUUUGGGCAAACAUUAUGCAUUUUAUUGGUCUUUUACCCUGUUGCACAAUAUACAAUGUUGAUGGUUUGUCAAGUUAAGUGAUGAUUAAAAUCAGCUGAGUGAA